AUGUUAAAAAGAUUAUUUCAUUAUAAAUCUAUAUUACGUUUACAACAUUGUACAGCAAUACCACUUGAUAAUCGUGCUUUAAUACAAGUUCAUGGUGCUGAUACAUCGAAAUUUUUACAAGGUCUUAUUACAAAUGAUAUUGAAUUUUUAAAUAAUACAAAUGCUAUUUAUAGUAUGUUACUUAAUGCUCGUGGAAGAAUUUUAUAUGAUAUGAUUAUUUAUAAUCAUCAUAUAAAUAAAUCAUCCUAUUUAAUUGAAAUAUCUCAAAAUGCUACUGCAGAUUUUCUACGUCUUUUACGUACAUAUAAACUUCGUAAACAAGUUAAUAUCGAAGAUGUUACACAAUCAUAUCGUAUUUGGUCAAUAUUAUUAUCACAAAAAGAAUUCUUAUCAACUUCCAAUGAUCUUCGUGAUCAUUUAAAUUUUAAAACACGACAAGGUCUUAUCAUUGGUCAAUCUGAUCCUAGACAUCCUAGUUUAGGUAUACGUCUUAUUACAGAUCGUGAUACACAAAUAAAUAAUCUUAUCGAUUCAUGUAAUGUAUCAAAUGAUAUAUUAGUUUAUAAACAAUGGCUUUAUCAACAUGGUAUUGCAGAAGGUAUUGAAGAUAUUCCACCUGGUGAAUGUAUUCCUCUUGAAUAUAAUAUUGUAUAUUUAAAUGGCGUAUCAUUUACUAAAGGUUGUUAUAUAGGACAAGAACUUGUUGCACGUACACAUCAUACAGGUGUUAUACGUAAGCGUUUAAUGCCUGUUCAAAUAGAUAAUUUUGAAGAAUUAUCAAAAAGUUUUGAUCAUAAAACAAAUGAUUUAACAAUUAUUAAUGAAGAAACUAAAAGACGUGCUGGAAAAUUACGUGCAUCAAUAAAACAAGAUGGAAUAGCAUUAAUACGUUUAAAUGAAUGGAAAAAUAAUAUACGUAUUCAAAAUGCUGAUGUAUGGAUAAAACCUUCAAUACCUAAUUGGUGGCCACCACUUGAUGAAGCAACAAAACUUGAAAUGAAGUUAGAUAAUGAUAGCUAA